AUGUCUGUGUGUUUGCCUGAAAGGCCUGCAAUGGCUGAAAGGGUUGCAGCGGCGACUAAUGGGAAUGCUGUGGGUAUUGGCAGUGGCGCCCUUCCUCCUCCUGCCCCUUAUGCUGCUCCCCCUGCUCCUUCUGCUGCUCCUUCUGCUGCUCCUUCUGCUGCUCCUACUGCUCCUCCUGCCGUCUUGUGUGGCAGCGCCAGUGCUGACGCGGCUGGCCCAUGCAUUCCCCUUCACUCUUCUGCUCCUCCUCUUGCUCCCCUUGCUCCUCGUCCUACUUUUCCUGCUCCUCCUGCUCUUCCUCCUGCUCCUGCUGCUCUUCCUCCUGCUCCUGCCGCUGCAUUCAAUCUGCAUGGGCAGCAGCUCAAGAGGAAAACGGAUUCUGCAGAGGCAGACGACUGCGGUGGCAUUGGCGGCGGUGGCAUGGGCGGCGGUGGCAUGGGCAGCGGUGGCAUGGGCGGCGGUGGCAUGGGCGGCGGCGGCAUGGGCGGCGGUGGCAUGGGCGGCAGCAUGGGCGGUGGGUUUCUCCGGCGAUAUGCGAGCGCAGACGCCCACUCACAGCAGUUCUUCAAGACCCUUAGCACGUAUAUCAGCCGAGGUCUUACAGGGGAGAUGGGGGAGGGCGCAGGGGGGGAGGGUGUGGGGGGGAGAGAGGGUGGGGUGGGUAGUGGGUGGCAAGGUGGGGCGGCGACAGGGGCGGCAGGGGCGGCGGAGGUGGAUUCUGGGAAUGUGAGCUUCAAGGAUUUUAUUCUGCGCAUGCCGUACGACAACGUGAAGAGAUUUUAUUCUGUGAGCGCCGCCCGGAUCGGGAGCGGGCGGUACGGCGUGAUUCGGCCUUGCACGCACCGAGCGACGGGGGUGAAGAUGGCAAUAAAGACGAUCAAGAAGGAACACAUGAAGUGCAAGGAGGAUGUGGAGGAUGUGCGAACAGAGGUGAUCAUUCUGGGUCUGCUGCGCGACCACCCGUGCAUCAUCAACCUGCAUGACGCCUUUGAGGAUGACAAGCAUGGCCUCCUGCUGCGAGACCACCUGUGCAUCAUCAACCUGCAUGACGCUUUCGAGGAUGACAAGUAUGUGCACCUAAUCAUGGAGCUCUGUGAAGGAGGCGACCUGUUCGACCGCAUCAAGCAGUGCGGGCAGUUCCCCGAGAGGGGCGCCGCCCUGCUGUGCCGGCCGAUUGCACCCCUUUCAACCCCUCAUAACCCCUUCUUUCUACGCCCAUCCAUCUUUCUCGCCCUCUCUCUACCAUACGUGCAUUUGAUCAUGGAACUUUGUGAAGGAGGGGACCUAUUCGACCGCAUCAAGCAGCGGGGGCAGUUCCCCGAGAGGGAUGCCGCCCUGCUGUGCCGCGGGCUGGCCGAGGCGCUGCUGCAGUGCGGGCGGCAAGGGGUGCUGCACCGCGAUGUGAAGCCUGAGAACAUUCUGCUACGGUCCAAGGAAUGCCACACGCGGAUCAAGUUGAUCGACUUCGGUGUAGCGGCCCUACACACGCCAGGUACCCUCAGGACAGACCGAGCAGGGACAGUGGAGUACACCGCACCAGAGGUGCUGGACCGAGCCUACGGCCCCGAAGCUGACAUCUGGAGCGCCGGAGUGGUACUGUACAUUCUGCUCUGCGGUUUCCCGCCUUUUUGGGCGGCGACUGACGCUGACCUUGAGCGCAAGAUCCGGACGGCGCAUGUGGAUUUCCGGCACCCGAGAUGGGCGGCGAUCUCGGACGGCGCCAAAGAUUUGAUUCUGCGGAUGCUGGAGCAGGAUCCGAGGAAGAGGAUAACUGCGCUGGAGAUUUUUGGUGAGCGGUGGAUAACAGCGCUGUUGAUUUAUCAAUCUGAGUUCCACGCGUGCGCUGUUAUCCUCUCUCUUCCUCCAAUCCUUCUCCAGCGCUGUUGA